AUGGAUAAUCAAGUUAAAAAGAGAAAAACACGAUUUUCUGACACUCCAAACCCAGAUUCCGAUGAUUCCAAUACCGUUAACAAUAAUUUCAACAAUUUAAACGUGAAUAAUGAGAAGGAUUCCUUGAUUCCUGAACAAAAACAUGAUAAAAGUAGUGAUUUGGAGAGUAAUGUGAAUAAAUGGACAGGCCUGCCAUUCAGUCAACACUAUUACGAUGUGCUGGAGGGGAGAAAGAAGUUACCCGCGUGGACUGCGCGGAAGAACUUUGUAAAGCUUGUGAAGAGGAACCAGGUUCUGGUUCUGGUGGGUGAGACAGGUAGUGGGAAAACAACACAGAUGACGCAAUUUGCACUAGAGGCUGGGCUUUCCGGUUUGAGGCCAAUCGCAAUUACCCAGCCGCGCCGAGUGGCUGCAAUGUCAGUUGCUACUAGAGUAGCUGAGGAAAUGGACGUUGAACUGGGCGCGACAGUGGGAUAUACAAUCAGAUUUGAGGACAAAUCCUCAGAAAAGACUAUGCUAAGGUUUAUGACCGACGGAAUGCUCCUGAAGGAAAUUACGACCGACAAAAUGCUAUCACACUAUGGAAUGGUCAUCUUAGAUGAGGCACAUGAGAGAACGAUAGCUACGGAUGUGUUAUUUGGUCUGCUUAAGGAUUUGAUAAAACAGAGGAGUGAGUUGAAGCUGGUGAUAAUGUCAGCUACCCUUGAGGCAAAGAAGUUCCAGGCUUAUUUUGGAGGCUGUGACAUCUUGAGGAUUCCCGGAGCCAUGCACCCGGUUGAGAUAUAUUACACCGCUGAGCCUGAGAGGGACUACUUUGAGGCUGCGGUUCGCACUGCAGUAAACAUUCACAUGCAAGAGCCUGAGGGGGACAUUUUGCUUUUUCUGACUGGUGAGGAGGAGAUAGAGAAUGCCCGAAAGGAGAUUGAGACUGCACUUGCUCGUCGAAACUGUGAGCUUCCGAUGACGAUUCUGACGCUGUACUCAUCGCUUCCGCCUGCGCAACAGCAACGAGUUUUUGAACCCGUUUACGGACGAAAGUGUGUUAUCGCAACUAAUAUAGCUGAAACAUCAAUUACUAUUGACGGGAUAGUCUAUGUUAUAGAUCCCGGCUUCAGUAAGCAGAAGGUUUAUAACCCUAGAGGAAGGAUAGAUUCUCUUUUAGUCUCACCAAUUUCUAAGGCAUCUGCUCAGCAGAGAGCGGGAAGAGCAGGUCGUACGAGGCCUGGAAAGUGCUUUAGACUGUACACUGAGUCUACAUUUAGCAAGGAGUUGGUGUCUGAGACAUACCCUGAGAUUUUGAGGUCCAACAUAGCAUCUGUGGUUUUGAGCCUGAAGAAAAUUGGUAUCGACGACUUGGUUCACUUUGAUUUCAUGGACCCACCAGCGCCUGAGACCAUGAUGAGGGCUUUGGAGGAGCUCAACUACCUCGGCGCGCUCGACGACGAAGGAGAGCUCACCUCAGUCGGCAGCCUGAUGGCUGAUUUCCCACUUGAGCCACAGCUCUCAAAAGUGCUCGUUCACUCCCCUGAAUUUAACUCUAUUUCCUCUCUGACCGCUGUCGUUUCAAUGUUAUCUUGCGGAAAUGUGUUCGUAAGACCUAGAGAAUACGCUAAAGAGGCUGACGCUGCAAAGUUACAGUAUUCCGCUCAGGAAGGCGACCAUAUCACACUCCUGAACCUAUUUAACCAGUACCAAGCAGUUGUUAACUCAAGUUCCAGUGGUUCUACCAGUUCCUCAGUUCGCAGAUACUGUCAGGAAAAUUACGUUAACCCAAGGUCCCUUUCAAGUGCUCUUAACAUCUAUCAACAACUUAUCACUAUCCUGACACGUAUGCAUUCUGUAAAUAGUGUAGAUAUCAACAAAACUAGUGAAGGUAGAGAUAAAGAUGUCAGUUCUGUGGUUAAGGGGUUAGUGAAGGGAUUUUUUCAGCAAGUGGCAUAUAAGAGUAGUAGAGGUCAUUAUUUAUUGGUCAAGGAUAACCAGGCUGUUGCCUUACAUCCAUCAACAACAUUGCAGCACACGCCUCAGUGGGUGAUUUACCACGAAUUCAUCUACACUUCCAAAAACUACAUCAGGACAGUCACUGAGAUCAAGGGCGAGUGGCUGAUGGAGCUGGCGCCUCACUACUUCAACCCUUACGAAAUGAAUAACCAGGAGACCAAAAACGCUUUUCUCUCACUUAAACAUUAA